UCCCCAUUAUCACUUCACCUUUCUCCUUUUUAACCACUUUUUCCUCUCCCUUCUCUAUUCCUCCACUACAAUAAAUACACUCAUCUACCAUCUUUGCACAAUUGCACUUCUCAAAACUCAACCUAACCAAAACAUUAAUUUUCCAUUUCCUUUCUUCACAAAAACAAACACAAAAAUGCGAAGUAUAAGUACCUUCACUGCAUCUUCUCCAUCAACUUCACCCUCGACAAUCAUUCAAAAAUCACCAUGGCAUUCACCGGCGCCGUAUCUCUUCGCCGGCGUAGCUGCCAUGUUAGUUUUAAUAACGUUUGCUCUGGUAAUCUUAGCUUGUUCUUACUGGAAACGCUCCGGUUAUCCAACAAGAGAAAGUACCGAUACUGAAUCGGCCGGGGCUGCUGGUGAGGAAUAUGCCGAAGAUGUGUUGAAGUCCGAGAAGAUUUUUGAAGAGAGAGUUGUUGUGAUAAUGGCGGGAGAUUUGAAUCCAAGCUUUUUGGCUACGCCUAGUUGUAGUAGAGGGAGUUCUUUUGGUGUUGGUGAUAAAAUUGAGAAGAAAUUGGAGGAAAGUGAAAAAGUGGAUGAUGAAAAGAUGCAAGAGCAAGUAAGCUCCGUGCAUUAAAGCUACCUACCUCUAUACCCGGUUUUCUUGAAAACGGUCUUUCUAGCAGAAAUAUAAGGUAAAUCUGCGUACAAUACAUUCUUGCGGCGAGCCCUUUCAAGACCCUAAAAAGGAGCUUUAGUGCAUUGGAUUGUUCUUUUUCUAUGUGCGGUCAUUGCCUUGCAGAUGCGAGAGCUGUUUUCACGACUUAAACUUGCGACCUGAAACAACUGAUUACCUUGAGGCCGAAAUAACUUUACCAAUUACGUGAAGAGCAUUUUCCUAAAUUUUUUUUUCUUGUUAAUUCUCCAUUAUGGUUGAGUUUUCAAUUUUGAAAUCCGGGAAAUUGUACUAAAUUUUUGUUGAGAUGAGAAAUGAGUCAUAAGAUUUUUCAUUUUCUAGUAA